GAUUAAAGGUGUGUGCCACCAUGCCCAGCUCCACCUUAUUUUUGGAGAUAAGGUCUCUUUCCGAACCUGGGGCUCCCCCUGGCUUUGUAGGUGAGGAUGACUUGAACUCUUGAUCCUCCAGCCUCCACCUGCACAGCACUAGGAUUUUAGGCCUAAGCCUCCAUACGCUUCCAAAAAUUUAGGCUUAUAAAGCCCGAUUUUUAUCACCUAUAAACCCCUAGGUAGAAUGUGUGAGGGUGCUCACGCCUGCCUUCAUCCCUGAACCAACGAUUUUCAAGGAAAAGCAGAGGAAAACUCAGAAUCUUAGCUGGAGAGUAAAGCCACGCAGAGGUGUCAGUGACGGUUGGUGAUUUUUACCCUGCUUUUUCAGUCGGGUUUCCUUGACGCCCUCUGCCAUAGCACAGCCCAGUGCUUGGCUUUCUUUCUUAGGAAACCCAAGGCAGAAGCUGACCCCGUCCUAGGCCAUCAUUGGCUAGUCCGUGCAGACCCACAGCAACAUGACUUGUGGGAAAUGUAGUUAGCCUACGGUCUCACCGCCCCCCUCUCCCCGCCUUUUCCUGUUGCCUUGGCAACGUCCAAGCGCACAGCUGAGGGCGGGCCGAGAAAGCCUGGAAGUGAUGUCAUAAUGUGGUGCCCACGGCAAGGGAGUAAAACACCGGGUGGAUGAGCGGGUUGAUACUCCCGAAGUUCCCAGGUUUCUAUACGCCCCCGCAGGUUACAAUGGCCCUGGAGCCUCCCAUGAACGCAGAGUGUCCCCCGAUGAGUAAACGGCCAUGUCAGCUCAGUUCAUCCUUGCAGAGCCUGGUGAUGUUUGAAGAUGUGGCCAUCUAUUUCUCCUGGGAGGAGUGGGAGCUCCUUGAUGUGGCCCAGAGGCGCCUCUAUCAUGAGGUGAUGCUGGAGAACUUUGCACUCGUUAGCUCUCUGGGUUGUCAGUGUAGAGUGAAAGGUGAGGAAUCGCCUCACAAGCAAGUGUCAGAGUCCUGUUUGUGUGGAGAGCCUGGGGAGGAUAACACAGACACCACAGACACCACAGACCUCCAGCACCGAGGUGCCCCCAGCAAGGAGAAGCUGUGCAGGAGCAGUGAGCACAGGGCAGCCUUUCCACCCCAGCCCAGUCACAGGCAGCAGCAAGGAGCCCACAGUACACAGAAGCCCUUCAAAUGCACCGUCUGUGGGACAGGCUUCGAGAAGGCCUUCACUCUCCUCAACCACCUGAUAACUCACUCUGAAGGGAGACAUUUCACUUGCCCAACAGGCAAGAAUGACCCCAAGGAGAACUUGAUCCACGUUAGUCACCGAAAACCAACCCCUGUACAAACAGCCCACAUGUGUAAUGAAUGUGGAAAGACCUUCAGUUAUCCCUGUAAAGUGAGGAAGCACCAGAGGGUGCACACAGGCAUAAAACCUGUUAGGUGCACCAAAUGUGGGAAAACCUUCAGCUGCAAGGAUUCACUUGCUGUGCACCAGAGGAUUCACACUGGAGAAAGGCCUUAUGAGUGUAGCACAUGUGGGAAAGCCUUCAGUGUUCUGUCUAGUUUUAUUCGGCACCAGAAAGUUCACACUGGAGAAAGGCCCUAUGAGUGCAAGGAGUGUGGGAACUGCUUUAAGGAGAAGAGUAGUUUUGUUCGUCACCAAGUAGUUCACACUGGAGAAAGGCCGUUUGCGUGCAAGCAGUGUGGGAAAACCUAUGUGACCCGCUCUGGUCUGUAUGGGCACUUGCGAGGCCAUACUGGUCAGCGGCCCUUCGAGUGCAACCUCUGUGGAAAAACUUUCACCACCAGCUCCUACCGAAAUCGGCACCAGAAGUUUCACACAGAGACGACGUCUCACAAAUGCACGGAAUGUGGGAAGGUCUUUAAACAUCGUUCUACCCUCCUUCGGCACAAGAAAGCCCAUAGUGGGGAAAGGCGGUCAGGGCAUGUGAGAAAACCUUUGACCACUAACACCUUGUUAGGCACAGGUGUCCCAUUCCAGAAAAGAGAUGGAGAGUAUCCCUUGGAGAGUGCUGACUAAAAGGAGUUAAACCUUGUACACCCCAACACCCACCCAGAAAAUUUUUUCACAACUGUCACGCGUGGAAAGCUCAUGGGUGCCACAGUGCUAUCUCUUGGUAGCUGUCCUAGUUUGUUUGCAUUGCAGUGACAAAACACUCUGACCAAUACCAACUUGGGGAGGAAAGUGUUUAUCAACUUACAUCUCCCUGGUCACAGUUCAUCAGGGAGCCCAAGGUAGGAG